CGGGGUCUGUAGCUGGAGCGCCGGAGUAAGAGCAGGAUCAGCUGAACUACAGAAGAAAUGAAAAUAUUCCCCUGAAAUUCAUCACCAACAACCAGGAUAUUUAACUAAGAGCAGUGUUAAACUGCUGAAAGAGGUGAAGCAGAAGCAGUCCUGAAGAAUCUCCAGAACACAGAAAUUGUUGCAUUUAACAGACAAAUGAAGCCAAGUCCCGACAUGGAGAAACAUCAGCACUCUGUCAAGAGUUUUACUCAACAGAGUAAUCUCAAAAAAGACCAGCACAUUCACACAGGAGAGAAACCGUAUCACUGCUCAGACUGUGGGAAGAGUUUUACUAAACAGAGUCAUCUCAAACUACACCAGCGCAUUCACACAGGAGAGAAACCGCAUCACUGCUCAGACUGUGGGAAGAGUUUUACUAAACAGAGUGAUCUCAAAAAACACCAGCGCAUUCACACAGGAGAGAAACCGUAUCACUGCUCAGACUGUGGGAAGAGUUUUACUGAACAGAGUACUCUCAAAAAACACCAGCGCAUUCACACAGGAGAGAAACCGUAUCACUGCUCAGACUGUGGGAAGAGAUUUACUACAAAGAGUCAUCUCAAAAUACACCAGCGCAUUCACACAGGACAGAAACCGUAUCACUGCUCAGACUGUGGGAAGAGAUUUACUCAACAGCGUGAUCUCAAAAUACACCAGCGCAUUCACUCAGGAGAGAAACCGUAUCACUGCUCAGACUGUGGCACAAGUUUUAAUCAACUGGGGACUCUCAAACUGCAUCAGCGCAUUCACACAGGAGAGAAACCGUAUUACUGCUCAGACUGUGGGAAGUGUUUUACUCAACAGAGUACUCUCAAAAAACACCAGCGCAUUCACACAGGAGAGAAACCGUAUCACUGCUCAGACUGUGGGAAGAGUUUUAAUCAACAGAGUCAUUUCAAAAUACACCAGCGCAUUCACACAGGUGAGAAACCGUAUCACUGCUCAGACUGUGGGAAGAGUUUUACUAAAAAGGGUACUCUCGAAAAUCACCAGCGCAUUCACACAGGAGUGAGACCAUAUUACUGCUCAGAAUGUGGGAACAGUUUUACUCAGCAGAGUAAUCUCAAUAAACACCAGCGCAUUCACACAGGAGAGAAAACUAUCCCAAAUUUGUCUCACGGCAAUUAAAAUCUUUUGGACAGAACACCUUAAUCCUACAUGUUCCACCAGAAACAAACAUGAACUGAAUUUAAUAAUGGAUUUUACAGGUUCA